ACACAUGACCGUCUCAUUGAUCUUGGUGUGUCUCAUUGUGGUGUCUCCAAUGGCUGAGGCUCAGCUUGGUCUUGGUGGUAGUGGUGGUCUUGGUGGUCUUGUUGGGGGUCUUGGUGGUCUUGUUGGGGGUCUCGGUGGUCUUGUUGGGGGUCUUGUUGGUGGAAUUCUCAAUCUCGUCAAUAUCAAUGGGGUUCUCUUUUGCUCUCUCAAUGGUGCUCCCAAUGGCACUUCCACUCCUGCUUUCGCUAAUGCAGGAGUUCAGCUCCAGUGCGGAAGGCAAAACACAGUCGUCUCAACAGCAACCACGAACGCUGCCGGAUUAUUCACGCUUCCAACAGACACAAUUCAGAUGUUACUUUCCACACUCCUCUCUGAUUGUCGGGUCGUCGUCACGACCCCUCUCUCCACCUGCAACGCCAACCUCCCUUCCGUUGGCAACCUCGUCUCACGGUUAUCCAUGAUCGGGAACAGCCUCACUGGCCUCCUCAACAUCAUCAGUAUCAUCCCUGCCGGCUUUGGUCUCCUUACCUGAUUCCAAACUAUAUAUUAUACUCUAUGUUCGGUUACAGUGUCAGUGUGUUUCCCUUUUGUUAUAUGUUUUGUAUCAUGGCCAUUUACUGAUUUACGUUUGUUUGCGUAUGCAUGAAUAAGGUCUAUAUUGGGUU